AUGUUCAUUCAUGACUAUGAAACAAUAUUAAUGAUUUAUAGUGAAUACAGAGCUAAGAAAUGGAUUAUUACAUACAUUCCACCGGUCUUACUUUUUAUUGGAACUUUCGGAAAUAUUUUUUCUUUCGUGAUUCUUAGAAAAUCUAUGAUGAGAGUCUCUACAUAUUUUUAUUUAGCGGUGUUGGCUUUGGCAGAUCUAGUAGUCUUAUACCUUGGUCUUUUACGGCUUUGGACAGGGGAGAUAACUGGAGUGGAUAUAAGGAAUAAAAACAACUGGAUUUGUAAAAUUACAAUUUUCCUUACAUAUACAAUCAGCGAUUUUUCCGUCUGGCUUAUUGUUGCUGUAACUGUUGAACGAUAUAUAGCGGUGUGUCAUCCACUGAAAGCUUCAAUUUUAUGUAGCGUCCAGCGAGCAAGAAUGGUGACUGUAUCAGUUUUACUUAUUCUUAUUGCAACCAAUUCUCAUUUCCUUUGGACCGUUCACGUGUCGGAUAGAUCAUAUUUAAAUGAAUCAGCUCGGUGUGAAGCUGUGCCAAAACAUGCGUUUUUAUUGAACCAAGUCUGGCCUUGGGUAGAUACUGUUCUUUAUUCCUUUGCACCUUACAUUUUACUUUUUAAUUUGAAUUUUUGGAUUAUAAAACAGGUGCUCUCUGCUAAAAAGUGUCGCACUCAGUUACAAAACUGCACAUCAGGCAGAAACAAUCAUUUACAGAAACGUUUACCGAGUGAAGGAUGCAUCAAAUUAACAAUUAUGUUAUUAGCAGUAUCGUUUUCAUUUAUUAUUACUACAUUUCCUGUAAAUAUUUAUCUCAUUUUAGAAUCAUUGUGGAAAAAAGAAACUGGACUCCGGCUUCUCGCCCGACAAGCAUUGAUAUCAACGAUUGCCGAACUUUUAAUGUAUGUUAAUCACUGUAUAAACUUUUACCUGUAUUGUGCAACAGGGAAAAAAUUUCGAAAUCAUAUUGAAAAACUUAUUUGUAAGUUUAAAACCUACCGGCGAUCUCAUUCCGGAUAUAGUAUGAGUAAUCACCAUGUGACAAGAGUAAGUUUCAGUACAGGUAGGAGCUCUAUACGUCAUUGUGGCAACGAGAUAAGACUUCUUACCAAAAAACAAAUGACCAGACUUUAG